AUGGACUAACUUUAGAAAGUAAAAGUUGUUGCUAGAAUUAGGUAGCAAAAUAUUAGUGAGACAUACUCUAAUGCCCCAUAGCAAGCUUAAAAUAUAAGUAAUAUUCAAGCUAAUACAUCUCAAAUGGGCACAGUUAAAAACUUUGGAGAUAACGUUUCAAUGGCUUAAACAUAAAUGGGAAGUCCUAAAUCUAUACUUGCAAAUGCAAAUUAAGGCAUGGCUCAAAAUUCGUCUCUUGACAAAGAUGGUAAAGUUUGCAUUUUUACUGCUUCUAGCAAGUAAGUUAAGCCUAUUUAUGUUGCGGCCAGUGGAAAUCCAAUAAAGAAAUAACUCCUUUAAGAAUAUGUUAAAACUGAUAAGAAUAUAAUUUAGUAUCGUCAUUCCAUCCUAGAAAAUGCAAAUAUUUUUAAAUUUGAUCAUGCUAUGAGCUAUAAAAUUAAUAAUGAGGAAAUCUACAAAUUUUAAUGUUAAGAUCUUGUUUAAAAAGCUAUGUCUUAGGGCAUCAGCAGUACUUUCAUAGUAGUUGGCCCAGCAAAAGCUGGAAAAAAAUUUACCAUAAAGGGAGGUGAAUAAACAGAAAAAGGUAUUUUAACCCGUGCUGUUGAUGAUAUGAUAAAAUUAUCUGAAUUAUAAUCAUAAAGUUCUGGAACUAAAGUAACAUAAAAAAACAAACCUGUUACAGUUGUUUUUUCCAUUUAUGCUAUAUACAACAAUGAAAUAGUAGAUUUACUUCAAAAAGAUCCUAAUGAAGAUGAAUUAGAAGAAAUUGAGCUGACAUUUUCUGGAGAGUUCCGUAAAUAUUAUAUGAAAUCUAGAGAAAGAUUGAAAUCUAUUGGACAAGGAGAAUAAUCUAUUCGUAGACUACAUAUCAUUUACAAAUUCUAAAUCUAUCGUAAUGAAACAGGUAAAUCAAAAAAUAGAAUAAUGAAUGCACCAAAUGGAGGGUUAUUCAGUACAGUAACUUUCGUGCAUUGUGCUGAUUUUUGUAAAGCAAAAUUGCCAGAAUUUGUAGUGCUAGGAGAUUAUCUUACUGAUAUUGCUACUCGCAAAGAUGCAAAUGUCAUGGAAGUACCUGCAUAUUCAAAUUCUAAGCUAGUUUCCUAGCUGAAUGAUUCCUUAAAUUCAGGGAAAGAUAAUUCUUGUGUGUUAAUCUGUAAUAUCUCAGGUUCAUAUGAUUACCUAAGUUAAUCUGUAGAUUGCUUGCAGUACUGUGCUGGAAUUAAAGAAAGAAUAGACCAUUACUAUGAAGAUGUUAAUACAUUUAACUAAGAUUAGGAUAUGAUUAAUUAGUUAGCAAGCCCUAAUAACAAAUCUGCACAAGAUUUAUAAUAGGGAAGCAAUAUUUAUAGAGGAAGUUUAGGAAACAGUGGAGUAAAUGGACAAGGAGGUGAGGCAGCAGGAACCUUUAGAAACUCUUAAAAUGAGUUUAAUAAAAAGUAUUAUGAAAAUGAAUUAAUACAUGUACCUAUGAGAGAUGCUACUUAUUAAUUCAGAAGACUUAGAGGUGAAAAUCCUAAUGCCCAAGAAAUAUAAUAAGAUUUGAGUAAUUUAAUGAAAGAUAUUUACACAUUUACUGAUUAAACAAAUGGACUGACUGAGGAAGAGAUUAAAGAUUGGGCUCAUGAUAGAGAAUAAGAGCUUUAAAGCAUUUAAAACGAUAUUUCCAAAUUACCUCCAGAGUAAUAAAAAUAAUUUGAGGCUGCAUAGUUUAAGAUUGCAGAAUCCCUUAACUUUUUAUAACAAAUAAAAAAAAAUGCUGCCCAAUUAGCAUAAAACAGAAGCCCAACAAGCGGAGCAUUAAAAAUGAGCGAUGAUUUAGGUACUUUAAUGAGUUAAUACAAUAAAUCUAAGGAAUCUUUGCUCAGAGGAUCAGGUUCAUAAGAAGAUUUAGUAAAAUCGUACAAUCAAAGUGAUUUAUAAGAAGGAGCUAAUUAAAGUUAUACCUAUUAAAAUAAUUAAAACGGAGGUAAAAAAAGUAUGCAAGAGCUUAGAGAAUAGAUACUUAAUAAAAUUGAAGAAGUUAUUAACGAAAAUGAUGCUAGUCGUAGAACAGUCAAAGUUGGAGGUAGAAAUGGGGAAUCUGCAGAAUAGUAUGCAGAGAGGUCUAGCAGAAAUUUAAGACAAUUAAAAGAAAUGCUUGCUGAUCAAGAUUUUCUGAUUUAAGAAAAAAGAUAAAGAUUAAAACAAAAAAAUAAAGAAUUAAGAGAGUAAUAAGUAGAGCUAAGGAAUCAACUUUAGUAUCUAGAAAACGAUAUCAAAGAAAAAGAUGCAAGAGUUUAAUAUGUUCAGGAUCAAAACGAGUAGUUAAAAGAAUAAAUUGAACGCGAUAGAGAGAUUAUUUAGCUUAAAAUCGAUAAAGAGGAGCUCCUUGAAAAAAAUGAUGAGGAACUCAGAGAAUUAAUUGAUCGUUUGAAAAUAAAAUUGUAAAGAAGGAAAGAAGAAUGCUUGAUGCUAAAGGAUAAUAUUGAUAAAGUUGAGAGAGACAUUUAUUAAUAAAGAGUUUUUUAUGAAGAAGAAAAAAAUAGCAUGGUAAGAUAAAUUAAGGAUUUGACUAAUGCAUAUGAAGAUGAAAAAGUCAGAAAUUAAGAUAUUUAGAGAAUAAAUGAAAACCUUGAUUAUUAAAUUGAUAAUUAAGAAAGGCUUUUAAAAAAAUUGUAAGAAGAUCUUGAAUUAUCCAACAAAAGAUAUGAUAAUAUUCAAAUCAUGUAUUAAGAAGAGUAAAGUUUAAGUAAGGAAUUGAAGUUAGCUUAAGCUGUAUAUGAAAAGCGUAUAGAUGAAGCCGAAGAUAGGGCAUAGACUCUUGAAGUAAAAUUAAAUAAGCUUAAAAGAAGAUUCUAAGAAGAAAGAAACUAAAUAGUUGAAGAAAAAGAUCAAGAGCUAAUUAAAAAGAAGGAAGCAACUGCUAGACUUAAAAAUGAAAUUAAGGAUUUGGAAAGAAGAGUUUAAGAGCUAACUCAAGACUUAAAGAUUCUUAAAAUUGAAAAUUAAAAAUUACAAACUUUUAAUGAAGAAAUUUAAAGAGACUAAAUGUAGAAAAACUAAUAAAUUAAAGACUUGUCUGAAGAGCUAGAAAGUGUAUAACAAGAACUAAAGAGAGUCAGAAAUAUACAGAGAGAAAAUGCUUAAUAUUCAUCAAACGAUCAAUAGGAAAAAAAAAAAUUAUUAGAUGAAAAUGAAAGAUUAAAUCAUCACUUAAGAAAAUAAGAUGCUAGCAUCCAUAUGUUAGAGACAGAGUUAGAAGAAAAGAAUAUUUAUAUUGAAAAUUUGAAGAAAGAUUUACUUCAAAUUGAUAAAGAAAACUAUGGCUAAAAGGGUUUUAUAAGCUAACUUGAGAGACAAAAUCAAUAUCUUUCAGAUGUUUAGCACACUGAUAUUGAUAGACUAGAAAGUAAAGUUAAAUAAUUGAAUCAAGAAAUCAUCUCAUUAAGAAAAGAAAAUUAAGACCUAAGUCAAAGAGAUAAUGAGCAGUAGUUAAGGUUGACAGAGUUUAAAAUUUUUACUGAAAAAUAAAAUGAUAAAUUGAAUAAAAAUAAAAAUGUGAUUAAGCACUUAACUACAUAAUUAGAUUAGAUGGAUGAAAAGGUUAAAGAGCUUAUACAUGAAAAAAAUCUUGAAAUUUCACAUGUUCACUAGUCAUCAAUUUCACAAAAUGCUCACAAUCAAUCAAAAAAUUAAAUUAAUGAUAGCCUCUUCAAAAGUGCUCAAACAUACUAAAGAAAUACACCAGCUGGAGUUUAGCCAUAAUAAUAAUAAUAUAACUAGCAACAACAAUAGUAAUAGAGAUCAAUUUUAAAGAAGCCAAGAUUUAAUUUGAUUGAAUCUGAUUCAGAUGAUUCUGAUUAUUCUUCCAUUUGA